AUGUUGAGGCACAUAUCCAGACGUUCGGCCUCGGUGGCCAGAUUGCCCUCCGUGUUCACUUCUCGCACAUUCGCUGCAUCAUACCACGUUGCCCAGUUGGAUAAGUCCUUGGGCACUAAGUACGAUUCGCUCUCCGAUUACGGAAGCUACAAGAACAGCAUUUUCACCCACAGAUUGCCAGAGUCCACUGCUCAGCAGUCGCCUCCUUUGGCUGCCUUGCACUCAAGAUUGAGACUUCCUGAGUCUUACUCGCAUUCCACCUUGUCGCAGGCGUUGAACUUGGACAAGUUCACUGGUUUGGCCAACAACUUUGGUCUCAACACCUUGGGUAAGAACUUGUUGUCAUAUUAUGUUUCUGAGCAUUUAUUAAUGAAGUACCCUCGUCUCCCUAUGGCUGUGCACAACGCUGCCGUGGAUGCCUACAUGGGCCCCGAGACGUUGGCUCAGGUUGGUAAGGCUUGGGGUAUUGAGGUGGAUAUCACCUCCAAAUUACAGAAACACCUCUCGCAGGAGCCAGAGAGCUUGCAGUACGGAAAGUUAAGAUUCCUUUCUGACGAUGUCAAAGAGCAGAUCAACGAGUCGGGAGUCCAAGAGUUGUCUGCUGAGGAAUUAUCCACAGUCGAUGCCUCCAACAAAUUCUUGUCCAGAGAGCAGGACGCUUACGCCUCUGCUGUGCGUGCCAUCAUCGGUGGAUUAUACUCACAUGUUGGCGAAGAGGGUACUAAAACCUUCAUUGAUGCACACAUCUUAUCUCGUAAGGUGCCAUUGACCGAGAUGUUCCAGUUUAGCAAGCCUACCAGAGAGUUGGCCAGAUUAUGCGACAAAUUGGAGCUUGAAGAUCCACUCGAAGUCAGACUCAUUGCUGAGACCGGAAGAUUGUCCGCACAUGCUAUCUACGUCGCUGGUGCAUUUUCUGGAGGGAACAAGUUGGGAGAAGGUGUGGGAUCUUCGUUGAACGAGGCCAAGACCAGAGCGGUGGUCAAUGCAUUGUUGUCCUACUACUUGUACACACCGGUGGGCGAGCAGGGAACUGCUGUGAAGGUUCCUAGCGAGGACAACUAUAAGUUUGAGGGCAUUGUGGGUCUGGGAGACGUUGCGAUCUGA